AUGGGUUCAAAGCCAAGAGCCUCAGGGCCCACCGCUCUUAGAAGGCUGAGGAGAAGAUCAUCAAACUCCAAGAGAAGGCCAGCUGAAGCGUGCAUUGGGGGCGGCGCGGCGUCGUCGGUUUCCGAGAAGUUGGAGGCACUCCGCAGCCUCAUUCCGUCGCAAGACGCAGAGAUAAAGGCGGAGCAGCUGUUUAAAGAAACCGCGGACUACAUCGUGCUUCUGAAAACUCAGGUUCUUGUUCUGCAGAAACUGGUGGAUUUCUACGGGGCUCAACCUCAACACAAUCCAGAUGCGGUAAUUAGUACAGAUUUAGUUAAUUAG